CUGGAACUGCCACUCAAAAGCUCACGUCGAUCAACAGCCAACUUUUGACCGUUUGAGUACCCGUUCCAACAGUUUAUGGAGUCCUGAGAUCUGGAAAAAGUUUUAACUGCCUGGGCAACGAUUAGUUUGGGAUAACGAUGGAGGCAGACAUGCUUCAGAUAAACACCAUGGCAAAGCCGUGCCAGAAGCCAAGAAAACUCGAAAAGCCAGGCUCUCGCCUUCCUCGGGCCUGCAAAGUUCCCGAUGCAGAAUGGACAAAGUUCAGGCGAAUAAUUGAGGAUCUCUACGCAAGGACUGACCUUAAAACGGUGAUGGCAACUAUGACAUCUGAACACGGUUUUGAUGCAAGCAAACAACAGUACAAGAUUCAGUUUGCGAAAUGGGCUUUCAACAAGAACCGAAGAAGACCAGGGCCUCAACAAGGGCAUAUGCCACCAUCAUUACCAUCACCGUCAAUAGCUUGCUUACCAGCCCUACGUGAACCCUCACCAUCAUCGCAAACAUCACCACCCUUGAAUACGCCCUCAUUGCCACUUGGACCGCCUGAAGCACAACAGUCACCAUCUGCACCGCUACAACAGAAAAUACCUACAGCAACAUGGGCAGCGCCGAUUGGCCACGUACAACCCAUCCAGCCUCUAGAAGCUUCAUUUCAAGUCAAUGCGCCAGUACUCAUGCGAUCCAAAGCUCCACAGAAUGGCACAGUCACACAUAGUCCAGUCACCAAAAAUGACGCCAUAACUGCCACAAAUUAUGAGCUCUUAUCACCAUGGAGCUUCGAUCAAGGAAUCCACGAUCUUGAACUUGAUGCCACCGCAUUUAUGAGUCGCAAUACCGGGUCGUCGAGCGCAACGACUCCUGAUUAUGACCCUGUCCACUACCCUAUUCGAACCGGCUCCCUUCCUACCAUCAUGCUAAUGGUGGACGACAACCCACAAUGUGUGCGCGCGGUCACGAGAAGUGGGAAAAGUUGCGUUUAUCUCGCUGCGGAAUUUGGCCAUCUCAACAUUCUUGAAUUUAUGAUUUGGUACAAGGUGGACCUUAACCUCGCCAUUCCACGGGUCAGAUGGUAUCCCAUCCAUAUAGCAGCGUUCAAAGGUCAUACCGAGGUAGUAGACCUGUUAUUGAAAAGGGCAGCAGAACCCGAUGCCUGCACUGUUGAUGGACGGACCCCCCUGUGGUUGGCUGCGCAUCAGGGACAUUACGAAAUCGUCAAGCUACUUCUAGAUGCCAAAACACCCAUCGAUAUUGAAGCCAAAUGUCAGGACAGGCGACCACUGCACCAAGCUGCACAGAACGGACACUCUCAGAUCGUCCUGGCUCUUUUGGAACCUCGAACCUUCUGGAUCCAAGGGCUUACACCGCUUUGUCUAGCCUCCGCAAAUGGUCAUCAAGAAGUAGUCCGGUCGCUCUUGGAGCAAGGUGCCAAGCUGGACACCAAACGCGAUGAUGGAAAAACACAACUGUUUACAGCUUCAGAUAGGGGCCAUUUUGGUGUAGUAAAGCUACUUCUACAACACGGGGCCAGUCCCCAAACGAACUGUGGGCCCCACGGGGCAACAUCCCUUCACAUUGCCUCGCAAAGAGGACAUCAAGAGGUGGUGAAAAUACUUCUCGAACAUGGCGCUGGAGUUGACGCCAAGGGCAGUGAUGAUAUUACACCGUUGAUGCUAGCUUCCCAAAACGGCCAUCAGGGUGUAGUGAGAUUGCUGCUGCAACACGGCGCCAGUAUUCUGGCUAAACGUACAAGCAGCGAGGCGACAUCUCUUCACUUCGCUUCCCAGAACGGACACCACGAGGUAGUCCAGUUGCUUCAACAGUCUGCAUCAUCGGCAAACGAGAGCCUGGUUGGCUUGAAUUGA